UCUCCAACUCUCUCCUUCUCUAGCUAUUUCUCUAUUGGUUUGCUUAUAUACAGCUAAUUCUCUGAGUUUAAUUUCUUGAAAGAUGGCAGCUAAACGGCUUUUUGAUGAAAUGGAACCUGACGCGGAUCAACGGAGGAUCGGCAGAUCGAUUAGAACUAGGCCGUUUUUUGCUUCUAUAAUUGGAGAGACUUUUAGGGGGAAUUCCUGGCAGAACAUCUGUACGGCCUUGGAACCAAUGCUUAGAAGAGUGGUGAAUGAAGAGGUGGAACGUGGGUUAGUACGUGGUGCUCGCUCUUUGACUUGGUCUCCAUCCUUGAGAAUCCAUGGGCCAGAACCAUCAAACUUGCAGCUGAUUUUCAGUAAAAAUCUGUCGCUUCCUAUAUUCACUGGGGCCAAGAUUAGAGAUGCUGAAAACAACCCACUCCUACUCUGUAUAGUGGACAAAAGUGGUGAUGAAGCAGUUCAAACAACUCUUCCAUAUCCUAUCCAACUGGACAUCGUAGUUCUUGAUGGAGACUUUCCUCACGGGGAGCUCACUAACAGUACCUGGUCCAUGGAAGAAUUUAAUAACAGUAUUGUGAAGGAGAGAACCGGGAAGCGACCACUGCUUGUUGGAGAUGUGCUUGUCACCAUGAGGGAUGGGUUUGCAGUGGUAGGAGAUAUUGAGUUUACCGAUAACUCGCACUGGAUUCGUGGGAGGAAGUUCAGACUUGGUGCAAGAGUUGUUCCGGGCAGCUGCCAUGGUGUUAGGAUACUUGAAGCCUUUACAGAACCCUUUGCUGUUAGAGAUCACCGUGGGGAGUUGUACAGAAAACACCAUCCACCUAUGCUGAAUGACGAUGUUUGGCGUCUAGAAAAUAUUAGUAAAGAUGGAGCUUUCCACAAGAGGCUAGCCUUCAAGCAUAUUAACACGGUGCAAGAGUUCUUGAAGCUGUUCAUUGUUGAUCCAGCCAAACUUAGACGCAUAUUAGGUGCUGGGAUGUCAGACAAGAAGUGGGAAGCAGUAAUAAAGCAUGCAAGCACAUGCUUAAUGGGUAACAAAGUGCAUAUUUUCCAUGGACCACACUAUACUGUAACCUUGAAUCCAAUAUGUCAGCUCGUCAGAGCUGUGAUCAAUGGGCAGAUUUAUGCUAAUAAUCAAGAACUAUCCAGUAUUAACCAGGCCUAUGUAAAGAGUUUGGUUAGAGAAGCAUAUAUAAAUUGGAAUUCUUUAGAAGAGGUUGAUGAACUUUUGAGUGAGACUGCCCUACUAACACAAGGUGAUCCACGGGAGCAGUGUCCCAAUCACCAUCAGACCAUGGAAAGACCUUUUCAGCAACUUGGGUACCUCCCAGAUAAAGCUACGGACAUCAUUUAUUCAGAUGUGGGGAGCAGCAAUUGGCCAACAAAUCCUACUUAUCAUGGCACACUGAUUGAUAGUGGCAUCGGCUAUUACAUCAUGGACUCAACGGUGGAUGGUGAUUUAGAACCUUCUAAGCAUUUCCCAUGUUGAAGUUGAUGGAAGAUUAUGUCUUGACAUCUCUUGAAUAUGAAUGCAUGAAGAAUUCUGAGUCUCAGUUGCUGGACAAGGGUGAAAUGUUGAGGCUUUGGGGCAGGGAGAUAUGCUUAAUUCAAGCAUAUAGUUCCUAGUCAUUCUGCCAGGCUUGUGCACUUAUCUUUUCCAUCUUUAUAAAAAAAAUAAAAAAAUCUAUGGGCGCAUGUACAUUCUUUUGUCCAUAAAUAAAUUUACAUAAAGCAACUGGUGAGGUUAAUCCA